AUGCCCUCAAACGAAGAACACAAUCCCUUCGAAGAAAUGCACAGGGAGGAAAUUGCCAUUCUCCCUGCAUCUCGAAACCUCGACUCCUCCGAGAAACGAGAGUCGACCAAUUCGAACCGGGAUGAAUGGAAGCCGACGUUUGAUCGUCGGCAGAGCUGGAGUAGCCAGGAUCAGAAGCAUCAGCAGCAGGAACGGCUGCUUGGGUCGGAGCCAGGGAAGGAGAUGGGAUUUACGGAGGCUCAUAGCGGGGAUUAA